AUCAUUGUUUCUUUACCAGCUCAACAUCAUCGAUGCUGGUGAGCUAUCUCUGUUGAUUCACCGAACACCCACUUCGAAAAGCAUCGAUUUUUUUGAACAACACCAGGAAUCUCGAAAAGGGUCGUUGAGAAAAAACAAAUUCAUGGGUGUUUGCGGGUCUAGACCCAAGGUCGUUGAAGACCUCAAAUUGAAGAAGAACAAGCAUCGCCGGAGAAGAAGGAGAAUCCUCCGCCGCCGCGUUUCUUCUCAGAAGAUUGAAGCUGAUGCCGCUCACUCUCACUCGGUUUUGCAGACUUCUAAUCGUGCUUCAGAUGUUGCUUGGUUUGAUUCUACUUCAGCUUUGGAUUCUGAAUGUGAUGACGAAUUUUACAGUGUCUAUGAUGGAGAAGUGUCUGCAAGUCAUGGAGAUGAGAUUGGAGAGGACAGAAGGCUAACCCCAGAUCAUUGUGGGAUGCUGCAAAACACCUGCUUGCCUUGCCUUUCUUCUAAUGCAGUUGCUGUAAAUGAGAAGAAAAGGCCAACGAGUCCCGAUGCACAAAGUUCGCGGAGAAAGUCGCUUUCCAAAUUGUCCUUUAAAUUAAGGGAAGGGAGUUCUGACAUGGCAUUAUUUUCCCCAAGGUCAUUGAGACAAAAACUAUUAGCAGGUUCAACAAUUCCAUCUUGUCCAAUAGAGAAGCAAACCCCUGGUUCUUGGUCACCACUUGAGCCAAGUACCUUCAGAGUCAGAGGGAAGAACUACCUUAGGGAUAAGAAGAAAGAGUUUGCUCCAAACAGUGCUGCUUUCUAUCCUCUGGGUGCUGACCUCUUUUUGUCUCCCCGAAAAAUUGAUCAUAUUGCUCGCUUUAUACAAAUUCCUCAAAUUAACAUACCUGGGGAUGUCCCUUCUAUUCUUAUUGUGAAUCUUCAGAUACCGUUGUAUCCCGCCUCCAUCUUUCAAAGUGAAAAUGAUGGUGAAGGAAUGAAUGUGGUUCUAUACUUUAAAUUAUCUGAAAAGUAUUCUAAAGACCUUCCUGACCAUUUCCGAGAAAAUAUCAGUAAAUUGAUCAACGAUGAAGUGGAGAGAGUUAAAGGCUUUCCUCUAGAUACAAUUGCACCCUUCAGAGAAAGAUUGAAAAUUUUGGGUAGAGUGGUGAAUGUAGAUAAUCUUUCUUUAGGUGCAGCUGAAAAGAAGCUGAUGAAUGCAUACAAUGAAAAACCUGUUCUCUCACGCCCUCAACAUGAAUUUUACUUGGGAGAAAACUAUCUUGAGAUAGAUUUGGAUGUACACAGAUUUAGUUAUAUUGCAAGAAAAGGAUUUGAAGGCUUCAUUGAUAGGCUGAAGCUAUGUAACCUUGAUUUUGGUCUUACGAUUCAGGGAAACAAGGUAGAAGACUUGCCAGAGCAUUUACUAUGCGCAAUACGGUUGAAUAAAAUUGAUCACAGCAAUUUCAACCAGAUUGGGUUUUAAGUCAAAGCUUCAACAUAGAGCCAGUUUGGAUAACAAAAAUUGCAUCGGGACAUGUUAUUUUCUAUUUUUUCAUACUUUCUGAUUGGUAUCCAAACGGGGGCUCGGAGAGAGUUUUUAACCUUUCCAGAAUGAUUACAAGUGUGUUGCUCUUGGAUUGUUUUGAAGACAGAUUCUGUAGCUAGCCCCAGAUUGUAAGAUGUACAGUGAUAGGAAUGAUAUUAUUUAAUCUUAUAGGAAAUAAUCAAGGAGUAAUUUUGUCCUCUCACAAGAGAUAAGAGCAUUCCCUAGUAGUUAUCUCUUUGUUUAUGGUUGAAAUAGUUAUCCCUUAUCAUAGUCUCAAUUCAAGUCAUUUCAUAACUUUCCGAAGUUGUUAACAUUUCAUGUUUGGAAAAUGCACUGCCACACAUUUCAAAAGCAUGAAAUAGUUGCUUUUAAAAAAGUUUAUGCAAUUAUGAGGAUGUGAAUUGCGUACCAAACAUAUUGGUUAUGACAAAGAUAUUGAUGUGUAUGGAGCAUUAUUGAUUUAUCAGAUAAAAUACUUUUCAUGGAAGCCACGUAUUGAUUUAUCAGAUUUUGGAAGUAUCUUUUAAAUACCAACUGAUACUUACAGAUCUUCAUCUAAAUUGAAGGUAUAAAUAUGACGUAUUUAGAAAGAUAAAGUAUUGAGCCAUCAUUGACUGAAAAAAUAACAAAUAAUAUUGUGAUAUAUGUCCAUUUUUUGUUAGUACUAUUAUAAGCUCAAAAAAUUUAUUUUUGAGGUUAGUUUUUUACUCCUCAAGAGCCAAAUCUAAUACUCCUAUCUGCAUAUCAAUGCAUAAAUGUUUUUUAAUUAUGUGAGUCAAAUUGGGCCUUUGAAUCUAUCUUUUGAUAAAUAAAAAAAAAAGGUAAAAACAAGUUGCCAAGAGCAAUGAAUGAGUUCAACAGCUCAAAGGAAUAAGAAGGAUUAAAAAAUAGGGGAAAACUUAGGUGCAGUGCCUUACAUGCUGUUUUUACUGUUAACAAGUGGUAAUAGGACACCUGGAUAAUUUUAUACACAUCAUCAAUGCUCAAUUCUAAAGGAAGUUAACACCGUCACCCUCCGUUACCCUCUUGUUAACCUCUGAAAGAGUAUUAUCUCUUUUUUCUCACAGAUUGACCUCCGCUCCCUUCGUAUUCCUGGGUUAUGCUUCAUUCCCUGCAGCUGAUAUGGUGCGUAAGGAACUGGUUUAUGAUGCUGAGUCUGUAAGUUCUGCAUAAUGGUGAAUUGCUUGAUAAAAGAGGUGGGACGCGGGUCUUUUAGCUGCGUGAUACUUCAGGUUAAAGUUUGUCUAAUGUCCUUGUUCCUCUUCUAGGUAAUAAGCUAGCUAGAAAGGCUAUUGUUGCUUUCCAUGAAUCUAUCCCUGCUAUUACAAGUUUACAGCUUAUGCUCAAGUAUCAAUGCAAGAAUGAAGUGAUCAAAGCGUAUAAACACACAUGACAAUUUAUCCAGGAUGACUUGGUUUAAUCACAAAGUUGCUGGUUGAAAAGUAUUUCACUAGGAUGACUUGGUGGAUUUUGGUGAGCAGCUGGUCAAGGAAAAUUGGGUAUUAAAGCUUCUAGUAGUGUAAUAAGUUAGAGUGAACUAUGGUAGUCUAGGUUCUAUGUAAUGUAGUCUCUUUUGUACCAAAUGGCAAGUGAUAUGGCUAUCUAUGUCUGCAGAAUUAUAUCAGUGUGCUGCUUUGGGUGUUUCAAUUUGUUUGCUGGGUGUAGCACUGACAUGAAUGGCUUUCUAAUAUAUUUCUAUCAUUGGUUUCUCA